CUUUCGUUUUGUGUCUUAAACAUUUUUUUUUUUUCCGUAGUUUUCAAAUGUCAAAAUGUUGUUUAACUUAUGAAGUGCUUCAUCAAACUAAAUCUCUUUAUGAAUUCUAUUGUUAAGUACUUAAUAUAGAUUAUUUAUAUGCUCAGAAUAUUGCAAUGUUGGUUCAUCUGUCAGCUGUUGUGUUAAGUGUUACUUUCAUAUAUUGUAUAGUAAAUUUUAUUCUGCAGUGUUAUCACGGAACUUGUGAAUUUUACAUAGGAAGAUGCAUAUUUUCUGUAAUUGUAUCAUUAUUGGUAGCUGGUUGGGGACUGAAGCGUAGAAGUCUCAAUUGGACUGGUGCAUUAAGUGGCAUUUUCAUUGGAUUCAUUCAUACAUAUAGCAGCUAUUGCUUCCUUGCGUGCCUUUUCACAUUUUUUUACACUUCAUCCAAAGCCACUCAUUUUCAAUCUGAAAGGAAGAAAAAAAUAGAGGCUGAAUAUAAGGAAGGUGGACAACGACAUUGGCAACAAGUUUUGUGCAAUGGCAGUGCCUCUACAUUGAUGGCAAUGAUUUAUUUUUUAAAUGGUGGACCAGAAGAAAUACCAGUUGAAUUUGAUCAAAACUAUUUCCGUUCAUGGCUUGCAGCUGGUGUAUUGGCUGCUCUUGCAGGUGCCAAUGGUGAUACAUGGGCAUCUGAAAUUGGAACUGUUAUGGCUAGAAAAGAGCCCUUGUUGAUAACGUCUCUGCGGAAGGUUCCAGUAGGCACCAAUGGUGGUUUCACUACUAUUGGGCUGGUUUCUAGUGCCUUGGGAGGAGCUCUGGUUGGAAUUGUAAACUUCCUAGUACUUCUUUUAUCAAACCAUAGUAUUAAUGUCUUUCAGCAGGCCUUACUUUUAAUAUUUAUUGGAACUUUUGGUGGUUUCUUUGGCUCUAUUUUUGAUUCAUUAAUAGGUGCAACACUGCAAUAUUCAGGUGUGGAUACACGGACUGGUAAAAUAGUGGAGAAACCUGGAAUUGGUGUGAAACACAUCUCUGGCAGGCCAUUAUUUGAUAAUCAUUCUGUUAAUAUGAUCACAACUAUCAUCACUUCCAUUACAGUGCCAACCAUAACAGCCAGUUUGUACAGUUGUUUGAGAUGAAUUAUAGAUUUUUUAUUCAUUGUUAACUCGUACAAUUAAAUAUUUUUGUAGGA